AUCUUGAAAGUCGCCAACUUAUCCAGUUUCACCUAACUAUUAUUAGAUUGGAAUUCAAUGAUUUUGGUGUGUUCUGUUCAUAUGCAGAGGCAAAAACUGGUCAUAGUUCUUUAUACCUUGGUAUCUGCAUGCCUUAGCGUAUUCAGAUAUGCUUGGAAAUUCAUCUUUCCUGUUCUGCAUCUCUCUUGGGUGUUUGGUUUUCCCAGUUGUCAUUUCACAGAUUCCGUUGGGUUCAAAACUUUCUGUGGAGGAAAACAACUAUUGGCUCUCCUCCAAUGGAGAUUUUGCAAUUGGGUUCUUUAGCUGUUCCAAACAAUUUAGUCUUGGGAUCCGAUUCAAUUCGAAUUCUAUUCUGAUCAGUAAACAAACUGUGUUUUGGGUAGCUGGGGCUGAUCUUAAGGUUGGAAACCAGUCUUAUUUCGAGCUUACCCAGAAUGGGAAUCUGGUUUUAUUUGAUUCCGCAACGGGAGUAAUUUCUUGGACAAGCGAAACUAGCAAUGCAUCUGUUGCUUCCACAGUCCUUCAUAACAAUGGCAAUCUUGUCCUCUUGAAUAGAAACAAAGAUAUUGUUUGGCAAAGCUUCGAUACUCCAUCUGACACACUUCUCCCUGGCCAGAAUUUGUCUGUUCAUCAAAUUCUUCGACCUAUUAGCAGGAACUCUAUUUCGAGUUACUACAGUCUUUAUAUGGGUGGUUUGGGUCAGUUGCAACUCAGAUGGGAAUCCAGCUUUACUUACUGGACUGCUGGAAACCCUUCCCAGUCAAUUGUCAGAGCCAUACUCAGCUCUGAUGGAACGGUUCAACUUCUUGACCAUAGAUCCAAAUCUGUUUGGUCUGUAUUUGGAGAAGACCACAAUGAUUCAGAUGUUAAAUUUCGGUUUCUUAGGCUGGAUGCUGAUGGAAAUCUUCGGUUGUACUCAUGGGUAGAAGCUACAAACACUUGGAGAUCAGUUUGGCAAGCUUUUAGUAAUCAGUGUGAUGUCUUUGCAACUUGUGGUCUCCAUGGCAUUUGUGUCUUCAAUGCAUCAGGCUCCCAUGUAUGCAGGUGCCCAUUUACAUCUACUGGUGAAUCUUACUCGGAUUGUUUGGUUCCAUAUCAACAGGAUUGUAAAUCUGGUUCUUCCAUGAUCACAUAUGAGCACACAUCCGUUUAUGGAAUUUACCCACCCAAUGAAACUAUGAAACAUUCUAAUUUGCUGCAAUGCAAAAGCUGGUGCCAGGAUGACCCACUUUGCACUGCUGUAACCUUCACAAAUGAUGGCACUGGACAGUGCCUAAUGAUGACAACCCGUUACAUUAGUGGUCAGUCAGAUUCCUCUCUAAGUGCAAUAUCUUUUGUGAAGACAUGUUCAGAUCCAAUUGCCGCUUUACCCAUAUUCCCCAAGUCUACAGCAUCCUCCACACAAGUUACAUCCCUGAAACGGUCACACAGAUUUUGUAUUCGUUGUCUAGUUGGAGUGGCCACAGGCACUCUUGUCACAUUUAUCUUUAUUCAGGUUGGAAUUGGUUUCUGCAUUUGCAGGAGAAGAAACCAUGUCAGGAAGAAAGCUGCUUUAGGCUACAUGGGUCCUGACCCAAAAGUCUUCAGUGUAUUGUCCUAUGCUGAAAUCAAUGAGCUUACAGAGAAUUUCAAGCAUCAAAUUGGACCAAGGAUGUUCAAAGGCAUGCUACCUGAUAAUAGGCCAGUUGCAGUCAAAGCCCUGAAUGCAACUGUUGAAGAAAGAAAGUUUCGAAGUUCAGUUUUAAAAGUAGGAAACAUUUGUCACAAAAACCUCGUGAAGCUGGAGGGUUAUUGCUCGGAGUCUGGUCAUAGAAUUUUGGUCUAUGAGUUUGCCAAGAAUGGCUCACUGGAAAAAUGUUUAGAAGAUCUCAAGGUGUGCAAGAGGCUGACAUGGAGAAAGAGGAUGGAGAUAUGCUUAUCAGUGGCCAGGGCAAUUUCUUACUUGCAUACAGAAUGUAGAGAGUUUAUGAGCCAUGGAAAAUUAAAAUGCCAGAAUGUGGUUCUUGACGAUAAUCUAGAAGCGAAGGUGAGCGAGUUUGGGCUAGAGGGUGUUCUUGGUGAGGCCACAGAUGGUGCUCGAGCAGCAGAGAGGGACGUUGGAGACUUUGGUAAAAUGGUAAUCAUAUUAUUAAGUGGGUGCCAAAUUGCAGAUGAUGUUUGUGAGUUGGCAUAUGAAAAAUGGCUGCAGGGACAAGUUGAGACUAUAGCUGAUAAAAGAAUAGAUGGUGGCGUGAAUUUGGAAGAGUUGGAGCGUGCUCUGAGAAUUGCAUUUUGGUGUUUGCAAGUUGAUGAUCGUAUGAGGCCUUCAAUGGGAGAGGUAGUGAAAGUGUUAGAGGGAACAUUAACUGUUGAUCCUCCACCACCUCCUUUUGCCUGUCAGUGGCCACCCGUGGAAGAAGAGCCAGCAGGGUCAGAUCCCAAACCUUAGAUGCUAUGCAAAACAUGGAAGAUUUGUUUAAUUUUUUUUGCAGUUACAGGUGCAUGAGGAUUUGAUUCAUUUUUCCCUCUACUAUGUUAUGCAUAGAAGAGCUAACUGCAAGGAAUGGGUCGCUUGAGGUAUGUA